AUGACCGUAAAGAAGGGGCUCCUCACAACCGUGGCACAAAAAUGCAACACCCUAAUCCAGCUCAAGCAACUGCACGCUCACAUCCUCCGAUGCCGCAUCAACGACACGCCGUAUGCUCUCGCUCCGCUUCUUUCCGUCGCAGCCACCUCCAACGAUGCGUCGUUUUUCUCCUACGCUCGCUCCAUCUUCCGCCACCUCACCCACCGCAACACCUUCAUGUACAACACCAUGAUCAGAGGCUACCUCCAAGCCCGCUCACCCCUCCUUUAUGUGUCCUGCUACUUUGGCCAUAACUUGUCCAUGCUCCAAAACGGCAUUGCCAUUAACAACUACACAUUCCCACCUUUGGUCAAGGCUUGCAUUGCGCUUCUUCCUUCUUCGAACGUCAUUGGUCGUUGGGUGCACGACCACGUCGUUAAGUUCGGGUUCCGCGACGACCCUUACGUCGUGAGUGCGUUUAUCGAGUUGUACUCUGUUUCUCGUGAGGUGGAAAAUGCACGGGUGUUGUUUGAUAAAACGACAAUGAAAGAUGUGGUAUUGGGGACAGCAAUGGUUGACGGUUACGGUAAAAUGGGGAGUGUGGAAAAGGCUAGAGAAGUGUUUGAGCAAAUGCCUCACAGAAACUCUGUCUCGUGUAGUGCCAUGAUGGCAGCGUAUUCUCGAGUUGGUGACUUCAAGGAAGUGCUGGCCUUGUUUGAAGAGAUGCAAAACGAGGGUACAAAGCCGAAUGAAUCCGUCCUUGUCACGGUCCUCACUGCGCGUGCCAAUCUUGGUGCAUUGGCGCAGGGAAUGUGGGUGCAUUCCUAUGCCAAGAGAUUCCAACUUGACUCGAAUCCAAUUUUUGCAACGGCUUUGGAUGCUGGUGCAUGGAAUGCAAUGAUAUCUGGUGUUGCCUUGAAUGGUGAUGCAGAGAAAUCUCUGGAGUUGUUUUGCCAAAUGGCUGCUUCUGGGACUAAGCCGAAUGAGACUACAUUUGUGGCUGUCCUAACUGCUUGCACUCAUGCAAAGAUGAUUCAGCAAGGCCUUUGGUUGUUUGAAGAAAUGAGUAGCUCUUAUGGAGUUUCCCCCAAAAUGGAGCAUUAUGCUUGUGUUGUUGACCUUUUGUCAAGAGCUGGCAUGGUAGAGGAAGCUGAAAAUUUUUUGCAGAAGAUGGGUGGACUUGCAGCCAGUGAUGCUAACGUGUGGGGUGCUCUUCUUAAUGCAUGUAGAAUUCAUAAAAAUAUUCAUGUUGCGAAUAGAGUAUGGAAAAAACUGCUUGACAUGGGGAUCGCUGACUGUGGUACUCAUGUUCUUACUUACAAUAUAUAUAGAGAAGCUGGGUGGGAAGCAGAGGCAAAAAAAGUUAGGAGUAGGAUCGAAGAAAUAGGGAUGAAAAAGAAGCCUGGAUGCAGCAUAAUAGAGGUGGAUAAUGAAGUUAAGAGUUUCUUGCAGGUGAUCAUUCUCAUCCUCAAGCACAGGAAAUGUACAAAUUGCUGGAUUCAAUUCUCAAGAUGGGGAUUUUAA